AUGAUUACGUUUAAAGUAGUGUUUUAUAUAAAAGGUUGUUUCGUGAAAGACCCAGAGAUUAGAUACGAAGGUGGGACUGUAAUUGGGUUUAACAACCAAGACAUAGAUUACUGGUCGUUUUAUGAAGCACGUGACUUAGUGAAAACCAUUGAACCUGACUUUGAUGAAAAAACUGUUAAGAUGUGGUGGAAACCUGGAAAUGGUAGUUUUGAAGAAGACAUAUUGCCAUUUAGGGAUGACUCAGAUGUUGCUGAGUUAGUGAUGUUUGUUGUUGGAAAUAACUGUGAUGCUGAGAUAUUUUGUGAACCACAACCUGAAGAAGGUGGUAGUACCUUUAUGGAUAGGAUUAGGGAGAAGGGGAAGGGCAAAGCAGAUAAUGAGAAUAAUAGUGAGGAUGAAUCAAGUGAUGAAUCAGUAAGGGAUGUGCAUUUUGAUGAUAGUGAGGAGGAAAGAAUGAAGGGUUUUGCUGAAGAAAUGGAUGAUGUGGUGAAUGGAAAUGCUGCUGAGCAUAUAAAUCAAGAAAAUGGGGAAGCAAAUCCUGGUGCAGCAAGUCAACAAGUUAACAAAAUUAGUAUCACAGAAGAAAUGGGGAAGCAACAUGUCAUUGAAGAUGAAUACAUGACAGAUGAGUUGGAUAGUGGGGCUGAGGAUGAUAGUUCUGAUGAAAGGCAAUGUGUUAUAAGGUUCAAUGAGGAAGAUAAACUGAGCAAGGAUUAUGUCUUCAAAGUAGGAAUGGAAUUUCGUUCAUUGAGACAGUUUAAGGAUGCCAUACUUGAGCAUAAUGUGCUAAAUGGAAGAGAUGUGAAGUUUGAGAAGAAUGAUUCUAAUAGAUGCAGGGUUGUUUGCAAGGACAAGAAAAGUUGUGGGAGAAAGUUUUUUAACAAAAGUGCUAAGGCAGAAUGGGUUGCUAAGGUUAUUGUAGAUGGUUUGAAGAACAACACUAAGAUGAAACUGAAUGAGGUAGUUGCUGAUAUUAGACAAAGGUAUUCCACUGAAAUUCCAGGGUGCAGGGCAUUUAGGGCAAGACAAAUUGCAAGACAAAUAGUUGAGGGGGAUUCAAGCAAACAAUUUAGUAUGUUGUGGUCUUAUGGUUCUGAGUUGAGAAGGGCUUCAGCAGGCAAUACAUUCAAAAUCAACACUACUUCAUUUGCCCCAGGAUUGAAGCCUAGGUUUGAGAGGUGUUACAUAUCCUUUGAUGGGACCAAGAAAGCAUUGACAAAGGCAUGCAGGCCCUUUAUUGGAUUGGAUGGAUGCCAUUUGAAACACAAAUAUGGUGGUAUUUUACUCAUUACAGUGGGCAGAGAUCCAAAUGACCAAUAUCUUCCUGUUGCUUUUGCUGUAGUUGAGAGUGAAACAAAAGACUCUUGGAGCUGGUUUAUGAAGUUACUUAUUGAAGAUAUUGGAGAUGGCAGAUGGUGUUUCAUAUCUGAUCAACAGAAGGGACUGGUGCAAGUGUUUGAAGAGGAGUAUCCAGCUUAUGAGCACAGAUUUUGUCUAAGACAUUUAUAUGCAAACUUCAAAAAAAAGUUUGGUGGAGGAACUUUGUACAGGGAUCUCAUGAUGGCAGCUGCCAAGGCUACCUAUUUUGAGGCACAUGAAGCAAAGAUGCUUAUGAUCAAGGAGGCCAAAUUGGAAGCUUAUGAGUGGUUGGAGGCAAUUCCCAAGAACAAAUGGUGUAAGCAUGCUUUCCCUUUUUUCUCAAAGUGUGAUGUGUUAAUGAACAAUUUGAGUGAGUCUUUUAAUGCAACCAUUUUAUUGCAAAGGGACAAGCCAAUUAUUACAAUGCUUGAGUGGAUUAGGAAUUAUUUAAUGGGGAGGUUUGCGACCCUUAGAGAAAAAGUAGAUGGAUACAAUGGUCAAAUAAUGUCUAAACCAUUAAAGAGAUUAGAUAGAGAGAUUGAGAAGAGUGCUAGUUGGAGAGCAACAUAUGCUGGUAGGUAUUCAUUUCAAGUUACCCAUGUACUCUUUACUGACAGCUUUGUAGUUGACCUUGAGAAACAUACAUGUAGUUGUAACUUUUGGGAAAUAGUUGGGAUACCAUGUAGACAUGCAGUGGCAGCCAUAUAUAGGAAGGUGGAUGACCCAGUGAGUUAUGUAAACAAGUGCUAUCACAAGAGUACCUAUGAGGCAUGCUAUAAUGAAGUCAUCACCCCUUUGAAUGGCCAGAACAAAUGGCCCAAAACAACUCAACCUGAUAUGUUUCCACCACUGUACAAACGUGGUGCAGGGAGGCCCAAAAAACUAUGUAGGAGAGAAGCUGAUGAGGUCACAACAAAAGGACUUGCAAGAAAAACAAGCAAAUUGUUGCCAUAG